GGAAGCGGCGGCGGCGGCGAUGGCGCUGCGGGGCGGGCGGCGGGCGGCGAUGCCGGGAUAGCGCCGGGCGGCCAUGGCGCGGGGAGCCGGUCCGCCGCUGCCCCUGCUCCUGCUCCUGCUCCAGCUCCUGGCGCUCCCCGCCGGCCGCGCCAACCGCACCGGCCCCGACUCCCUGUAUGUCUCUGAGUACUUCUCUCAGAGUGCACAGAAGCUGUCCUUCUACAGCUGGUAUGGCAAUGCCAAGCUCUUCCACUUCCACGUGCCAGAGGACACCGUGCUGCUUCGCUGGCUCCUGCAGGCGUCCCGGGGGAAGGGCCCAGAGUGCACCGACAUGGAGGUCACAGUGCACUUCCGCUACGGAGCCCCUCCGGUGAUCAACCCGCUGGGCACUCGGUUCCCUGCCAACGCCACCGUCCGGCCCUCCUACAGCCUCAGCCUGGCGCUGGGGGGCGCUGCGCAGAACACCACCUUCGUCAACAUCACCACCCCUGCGGCCGGGGACUGGUUCAUCGCCGCCCACCUGCCCGAGGCUGCCGGCAGGAUUGAGGUGAAGGGCUUCUCCACCCCCUGCCCCUACAUAUUCCAGGCAGACAUGUUUGUGCUCAGGCUCACCGACAUGCCCGUCCUGGAGCCUGGCGUUGCCGUGCCGCAGACCAUCGUCUCACCCGCUAAGCCGCUGCACGUCAAGGUGUUUGUCCCCAAGCAUGCUGCAGGGAUGCGGCUGGAGCUGCGGAGCUGCCUGACCCGCGAGCGGAAAGCCUGCGCUGUGCGGGUCGUGCUGGGCUCCAUCACGCUGCCCCAGUCCUUCCAGAGGAUUGUCACCUGCCUGGGGAACGUCACCUGCAGCCUGGCCCUGGAUUCACCCCCCUGGGAGAAGUGGCUGCAGAUCAUGGUGGAGAGUCUGGGCACUGCCAAUGGCAGCGUGUCGGUGGUGAUGCUGGCUUCCUUCACAGCUUGCAGACCGGGAAGCACCAGUUCGUUCCUUAACUUCAUCAGCCUAAACCAGAGCCAAACUGCUGCCAGACCGGGCGGUGCGGGAGCAGCAGGCAGCUCUGCCCUGCCUGCCGGUGAGGCUUCACACAACGAGUCCCAGCAGAGGAGCUCCUGCCUGCAGACCCAGCCCGUGGUCCGGGAGGACCUGGACGUGGUGUCUGUGCGCUACAGGCUCCUGAACGGCCCCAGCGUGCCGGUCAGCUCCCUCUCCCCCACCCUCCUCCUCCUCAACCUCAACACUGGCAUGGACAGCGGCGGCUCCCUCGUCGUCAAUCUGCUGCUCAACAAGACGUCCCUGGGCCUGGCCAACGCCACCGUGGCCGCGUGCGUGAGUGCCGCUUCGCCCGUGCUGGCCCUCAACGCCACCCAGAACUGCACCACAGCUUUUUUCCAGGGCUACCCUCUGAGUGUGAGAACCUCCUCUGCAGAAGCAAUGCUGAUUGUCCUGUACCCACAGACUGACAUCUGGUUCCUCUCCCUGCAGCUCCUCUGCCCCAAGGGCCAGGGUGAAUGUAACGCCGCAGAAGCCAAAGUGACUGUCUUUGCAUACCUCACCCCCUGCUUCAAUGACUGUGGGCCCUACGGGCAGUGCAGCCUCCUGAGAAGACAUGGCUACCUCUAUGCUGGCUGCAGCUGCAAGGCUGGUUGGGGUGGCUGGAGCUGCACAGAUGAUACCAAGGCCCAGUCUGUGGGUGUGCAGAACGUGGCCACCCUGCUGCUCACCCUGAGCAACCUCAUGUUCCUGCCGGCCAUUGCCGUCGCCGUUCAUCGCUGCUACCUGGUGGAGGCCUCUGUCUACACCUACACCAUGUUCUUCUCCACGUUCUACCACGCGUGCGACCAGCCAGGCGUGGCGGUGAUGUGCAUCAUGGACUACGACACGCUGCAGUACUGCGACUUCCUGGGCUCCGUCGUGUCCAUCUGGGUGACCAUCCUCUGCAUGGCCCGAGUCAAGAAGAUCCUGAAAUACGUCCUGUUCGUCCUGGGGACCCUGUUAAUUGCCAUGUCCCUGCAGCUGGACCGCAGAGGGGUGUGGAACAUGAUGGGUCCCUGCCUCUUUGCCCUCGUCAUCAUGAUUGCAGCCUGGGUUCACCACGGCGUGAAGCGCAGGCAGUGCUACCCCUCUUCGUGGAAGCGCUGGGUCUUCUACCUCCUCCCAGGGAUCACCUUGGCUUUCAUUGCCAUCUCAGUGUAUGCAUUCAUGGAGACCAAUGAGAACUACUACUACACCCACAGCAUCUGGCACGUGCUGGUGGCUUGCAGCGUUGCUUUCCUGCUUCCUCCCCGGGACAAGCACAAGAAGCCCUGGGCCUGGCCACAGAAGCUCACCUGUCGCUACCAGAUCUGCCAGAACGACCGGGAGGAGCUCUACGCUGUCACCUGAGCUGCUCAGCUCCUGCUGGCAGAGGUGGAGGGCUGCUGAGGCUGCUCUUUGCCUGGGCUGCCCUGCUCAUGGCAGCUCAGCAAUCCUCUUACCUGUUCAUUGAUUGGCUAGGACAGAGCAGUGGGGACCAGGUUUAAAGAUGAAGAUGGUGGGCUUGGCUUAGUGAAGGCAAGUUUGAGGCCACCUCUGCUUUUCUGCUGGGAUGGGGCAGGCUCUUUGUGAUUCUAGAUCAAGGAAUAGCCUGUCUUCCUCUUCCCCAUGGCCCUGGGGGAAAUCGCUGACCCUUCCUCUCCUGCUGCAUCCAUGAGGCUUGGGCUUAGCCCAUUGCUGGAGCCAAGGCUUUGGCUGCUGAGUUCUUCUUUGCACCCCAUGUCCUACAGAGGGGCUGUGGGGUGGGGAUUUCCCCUGCCAUCCUGCAACUGGCAUUUGAACCCAAGAAAAGAAUGGGUUUCUUCUGAUCUGGGGGGCAAAGGCUGCUGCUUGCCCUUGGUGCUGCUGGGGUUGCGAGAUGGUCUUGGUGUGUGCUGGGCCCUUGGCUCUAUCUCCACAGGGGUCUGGAGAUCCUCUCCCCGUGAAACUGGUGGUGCUGCUCUUACCUGUUACUGAUUCUGGGGGGACAAGAACAAGGCCAGGACUUGGGCCCUGGAUUCAGGAUCAGACCUCCAAGGAAUGUGAAAAAAACACCCGUGUGGAGACAUGUAAGCAACAGCAGCAGCAGCAUCUUGCCCAGAGCUGUGAAAUCCCCAGCAGUGUAGGGCUUAGUCCAAGUUUCACUUCAGCCCACUUAGCUCAUCUGGAAGGAGCCAGGCUGCUGCAUUGUCCCCUUCCUCUCUCCACGUUCAGGUAUUCACUGUCUUCCUCCCUUUGGUGGGUUUGGCAUGAGCACAGCUCUGCCUGGGGCAGCGCAGGUGGUCCAGGAUGGUGUCUGUACUGUGCACAGCCUGCUCCUCCAGCCUGCUGUGUCUUGGAGGCUGGAUGUGCUGCAGAGUCCUGGCUGAUCUGAGGCCACUGGCAGUAUCCCAGCCCAGCCAGGAGCGCUGCCGUGUGCUCUCCAGAUGAUUGUGGUCUCCUUUGCAGCAUCUGUCUCACCUUAGCCUUACUGUAAGGGCACACAGGCAUCGGAAAGCAAGGGCAGAAUCUUGGCAACCAGGCGAAUUGCCUAUGCCCAUCCUUAUUCUCUAGAUAAGGGCUCCUUGCCGUGGCUGGUCUGGUGCAUGCUGCUGGGAGGCCCCCAUCAAGUGGCUUUGGGGAGGAAAGAGCAACUAAUGAAGGAUUUGCCUCCCCGGGGUUAUUUCUUUGCUUUGAAGAGUGCCCAGCUUUCUGCUCAGCUCUGCACUUUACCCCUCUGCCUCCCCUUCCUCUGCAAACUCCAGCUCGAAGCAGCCGCAGGACGAGCGAAGGGCACUCGCCUGCACCCAGCCAUGUCGUCCUCACGCCCCCCGCGCUCCCUUCAGGCUGCUGCCAUCCCCGGCAGCUCCGCGGGAAGCGGGGACGUGGGGCCCUCAGGGCUUCCUUGAACUCUGAUCACUUCUAGGCACUUUUCCUUCCCCCGUCUCGGUUUGCACAGAGGCGUCGCAGCCCCGGCACGGUGGCAGGCGAGCGCCGCUCCUCCCCAGCCGUGCCGUCCACGCCAGGCUGCCGGUCUGGCCCGGGUGCUGCCGCUUCCCAGAGAGCAAUAACUCCUCCUCGGGCUUCCUGCCGCGGGGCAGAAGCUUUGGGGCGAGAAACCCGGUGACCGUGAUUGCUGAUUUUAUGUUUCAUCGCUGACAUCCUGCUUUUUC